AGCUAGUUUCCCCGGAUUUCUUGCCAUGUUUUAUGGAAGACGGGGCGCUUAGUCUUGGGGGAUUCGGUUACGUCCCGGCGGUCAUUAAGCCAACGUCUAGAUAACCAGAAGCAAUGCGAGCAGUGUUAUCACAGGACACGUUCUCCCUGACGUACGACGAUAUCCUAGCAACGUGGCAUUUGGUUCUGACCACCUCCCUGAUCCGGUAUCGAGCUUCCCCGCGAUAAACAUAUUGGCAACGUGCGGAGUAGAUAAAUACCUGUAGGUAUAUAUAUAUAUAUAUAUAUAUAUAAGGUAUAUAUAUACAUAUAUAAUUGUAUAGUUGUGUAAAUUCCUUUAUUGUCGAGAGGGUUAUUACCAUACCUUUAGGUAAUUUAUGUUCCCAUGCGGAUUUCCUUUUCGUCUUGGACACACGACAGCUCCGAGCAGAUAUAAUCGCAUUACGAACGAAAUACAGGUCGCAUAAGUCGUAACAAUGGCGGACGUCGAAGUAGGACAAAAGGUUGAAAUUAAGACGAAUGUCGCCGAUAAUCACGACGAUGCCAUCGGUGACCUAAAGGCUGAACAGGAAACGCGCAAUGUCGGUACCCUCGAUCGCAAGCUUAAAUCCCGACACGUCCAGUUCAUGGCCUUGUCGGGCGCCAUUGGUACGGGACUUUUCGUUGGCAGCGGUCAGGUCUUAUCACUUGCCGGCCCUUUGUCUGCCUUUCUUGCCUACUUAAUCACGGCCUUCAACGUCUACUGUGUGGUUCAUAGCCUGGGCGAGAUGGCAGCCUAUCUCCCCUUACCAGGCGCCGUCCCUGUGUAUGCUUCGCGAUAUGUCGACGAGGCGUUAGGGUUUGUCCUCGGUUGGAAUUAUUGGUACCAACUCGCUAUCGGCUGCCCGAUCGAGGUGACGGUGUCAGUUGUGGUUGUAGACUACUGGCCAAACGACGUUCCCAAAGCCGCGCUGAUCACCGUCUUCUUCUUGGCGAUGGUUAUUAUUAACUGCUUCCCCGUACGUGUAUAUGGCGAGGCAGAGUUUGCCUUUGGCGCUAUCAAGCUCACGACGAUCGUCGGGCUGAUCCUCCUCAUGUUUAUCACUACCUUGGGCGGGACGCCUAGCGGUGAGAGAAUUGGGUUUAGGUACUGGAACAACCCGGGACCGAUGAACGAAUAUCUGACGACAGGAUCGCUCGGGAAAUUUCUUGCCUUUUGGAAGGUAUUCAUACAAGCUACGUUCUCAUAUGGGGGUUCCGAGAUGGUGGUGAUUGCUAGCGGUGAGACGGAGAACCCACGACGUAAUAUUCCCAAGGCAGUCCGACGAGUUUUCUGGAGAAUCGCCCUCUUUUAUAUUGUCGCUAUAUUCUUGGUCACUCUAUGCGUGUCUUCCCAAGAUGACCGUCUCCUAGAUGCCAUUAAGAACUCGGCUCCCGGAGCCGCGGCAUCACCUUUCGUCAUUGCUAUCGAGAACGGCGGAGUCAAAGUCUUGCCUUCUAUUAUCAAUGCCGUUAUUCUCACUUCGGCGUGGUCUGCUGGCAAUUCUUUCUUCUAUGCAUCAACCCGAGUUCUGUAUGCCGCUGCGUUAGACGGUAAAGCGCCCAAACUUCUCAAGUACGAGAAAUGGGGUGUUCCGUAUGCUUGUGUCGGCGCAACCACAGCUCUUAGUUUGCUGUCCUACAUGAAUGUAAAUAACCAAGGAGAAGAGGUCUUCUUCUGGUUCUCAAAUAUCUCAGCUGUCUCAACGUUAAUUGUCUGGUCGGCCAUUUGCAUCACUUACCUGCGCUUCUAUUACGGCUUACGCUAUAAUGGGAUCUCACGGGACUCUUUGCCUUAUAAAUCGCCUUGGCAACCGUUUCUAGCUUACUUCGCCAUAUUUUUCUGUCUCCUUGUCGCGAUUUUCAAUGGGUACGAUGCUUUCUUCCCCGGGAAGUUCAGCGCAAAAACCUUCGUACCGCCUUAUAUUGACAUCCCGAUAUUUCUCUCCCUGUUUUUGGGAUAUAAAAUAAUUAAACGGACAAAACUGGUUAAACUAAGCGACAUGGACCUGUGGAGUGGCAAGGCAGAGGUAGACCGCCUGGAGGGCACAUGGCCGGAAGUGAAGCCAAGGAACUUCCUAGAAAGAAUUUGGUUCUGGAUUGCAUGAAACUCCAUGUACUAAAAGUAUUCCUCACAAGUUCGCGAUAAUGGCUGCACCACCAAAGAGAGCAGCUACGCCAACAGCACCAGUCUUCAUGGGCAUAGCUGCGUCUUCUGAACUAGACGACUCUGCCGAACCGCCUGCUGAUGUAGCGGCGGGGAAAGUAGUAGUAG